AUGGCAUCUGUACAUACGGAGCAAGAUUUAUCCGAGGUCAUGCCCUCCAUCAAGCAUGUGAGAUCGGGAACCGAACAAGAGGCACCUAUUGGUUGGUGGGAAGCUUUCGUAAAAUUACCGGUUCCAACAAACAAUAGUUGCUUUAUGUGUCGAAGUGUGUUGUUUCCUUUGAAAUAUAUUCUCAAGAGCUCAAUUUUAGACGAAGCAUGUGUCAUAAUCGAGUCACUUGGCCAAGAUUUAUCCGAGGUUUAUUUAUUAAAUUGCACCAAAUUUAAUUUAAGCCAAGCCAACCUCCCCCCACGUAUGUCGAUGUGGGAGUCUGACGGAGUUAUCGACGCAGCCGAUUGCGGGGAUCGGUCUUCCAGCAUCUCUCCUGUUGAAAUGGUCCCCACAGAUGCGGUAGAAACCGAUUUUGAUCCCUUCGGCACAGACACGGAAGAAAAGUUCAUUUCCAUUCUCAAAACCAUUGUACCCUCUUUUAGGGAAUUUGACUAUCCCCACACAUACGACAGCAUCAAAAAUCUGGAUUUUUCCUUCCAUGAAUAUCAGCCAAGUGUUGACAGUGAGGAUGAAUAUCAUAAUCUUCUCCUCAAACUAUACUCCAUCAACAAAUCGAUGCAAGAGCGGCUUUUGAUAAUUUUUUCCAACAUCCAACAAAACCUCAAAAAGAUCUCUGAACAUCAGGUAGCCAUUCUUUUUAACCUUAGAAUCAUUUAUCCUCAUUUGCCCGACUCUGUCAAAUUGCUUCGACGACAUAUUGUUGAUGAAUCAUCUGUAUUCGCUGUAUCCACGGCACGUCAAAGCGAUGCGGUGGACCCCUUUGCAAAGAGUUGCCCUGUCGCGGGCCAUUCAAACGCAAAACCAACAAUUACUUUUGGAUACCAUUUAUGA